AUGUCAGCAACACACUCGCGCAAUCCCUCUUCCUUUUCUCAGUCCCACCGCAGCAAUUCUCAACAUUCAAGGAGCGCCUCGACUUCUACAACAGUGUCGGCGUUCUCAGCCAGCGUCGGCAGUGGAAUUCGCCCACCGAGUGUCCACGCGUCUUCGACCCUCGCUCGACCGAAGUCGUCUCUGGCGAAACAAAGAGCAACGAGAGGGGCCGACACGAGGCCUGCUACAUCUUUAGGAACGCGUGGAGGAAGUCAGGAUGGUCCCAAUAAACGUAUGGUUUCAGUCUCCAAGUUCCCUUUGCCCUUUGGUGCCCGUGUCCCGGUCAAUGGAUCUGCGUGCAUACAAAAGAGACUGCCUCGAAGUUUCUCCAACAACAAGGCCCUUGGAUUGCCCUUGCGGCCACUGCUGCCCAGGAGAGAUGCGUUGUCGACCUCGACGAUCACGGCGGACCUGGCAGAUCUUUCAUUGUGCCCGGAGACCCCAAAGUCCACGCAUCCAGGCAGUCCUUCGAGGAUUCCUCGACCAUCUCCGCGCACUCCCCCAGCGCCGGAGAAGCCUUCAUUCACCCCCCUGCCCUUUCCCAAAAUUUCUGCCACGUCUCCCCUCAAACCCAAAAAGGAAGUCUUUCUGACAAAAUAUUCUGAUUUAGAAGCCUGGGAUCCCGAGGAACAAUAUGGCAAUAUGGAGAGAAUGUAUGAGGACGUGUGCAGGCAUUACAAGGAAGCCAUGGAAGACAACGUGGAAGCGAAGGAGAUCAACAAUACUUACAAAUCGACCGUAGCAAAUCUCGAACUCGAACGGAAAGAGUUGACGGAAUCAAUGAUAGCCCUGAGAUGCGAAUUGGAAACAACCAAAUACCGACUCGAAGCUGCUGAACGGACCAAUCACGAACUCAAGCGGGAUAAUGAGGAAGAAGUCGAAGAUCUCAAACGUGAACAUCGAAUAGAUUGCGAGAGCAUCCGACAAUCGCAUCGAAGCGAUCUAGACCGUCUCAAAGCCGACCACAGGGAAGAGAUAAGGGAGUUGAAGAGAAGACUCGAAGAUGAACUGGAAGGUGAACGAAGCCAACGACUACAAGCCUUGGCUCAGGUUUCCACCCAGGGUGCUCUUGAAAAGCAACGGCACGAGAUGGACCUCCAGUCGAAAGACCAGGAAAUCAGGACCAUUGGCAUGGAAGUUGAACGACUCAAAGCAGACCUCGAAAGAGAAAAGUCGCUCAACGACGAACUUCGUCAGAGCCUAGCCUCGGCUGGUACCAAUGCAACUGCCAUGGAGAACUCACGACAAGCCUUACAAGCGAAGAUCGAAUACCUCGAGUCAGACAACAAGUCUCAGUCCGAAGCAUAUGCAGCUAUGGAGAGGAGAAUGAAUGAAGCUCUUGAGAAAGCAACGGAGUGCGAAGAGAAAUUGAGGAAGGAGGAAAUGCAUCGGCGAAAGCUACACAAUCAAGUACAAGAGUUGAAAGGCAACAUCCGAGUCUUCUGUCGUGUCCGGCCGACAAUCGAUAGCGACCAGACGGAAGAAACGGCCAAAAUCACAAUUCCCGAUUCCGAGGAGGAAACCAAAGACAUCGAAGUCAAAGGUCCCGACGAAACCAACAGUCUCGGGAAGAUCACGACGAAAACGCACCAAUUCUCCUUUGACCGGGUCUUUGAUCCAUCAAGCGACAAUGCGGAAAUCUUCGAGGAGAUCAGUCAACUUAUUCAAUCCGCGCUGGAUGGCUACAAUGUGUGUAUUUUCGCGUAUGGCCAGACCGGAUCGGGCAAGACAUUCACAAUGUCAUCCGAUGAUGGAAUGAUUCCACGAGCUCUGCGGCAGAUUUAUAGCACCAGCAAGGAGCUCGAGAGCAGAGGGUGGACAUACACGAUGGAAGGCAGUUUCGUCGAGGUAUAUAAUGAAGAACUGCGGGACCUGCUCGGAAAGGACGGAGACAACUGCCCUAAAAAGCAUGAGAUUCGGCACGACAUGACGACCUGCGAGACAACCAUCACCGACGUCACCACGCUCAACCUCGACAGUCAGGACCAAGUCGAAGGCAUCCUGGCGCAGGCAAUGGCAAGGCGGUCGGUGGCCGCAACGAAAGCCAACGAACGAAGCAGUCGUAGCCAUUCCGUCUUCAUCCUCAAGCUGGCCGGCUAUAAUUCCAUUACGGGCAAAAAGAGCAAAGGCACGCUGAACCUGGUGGACCUGGCAGGCUCAGAACGUCUGUCGCAUUCCAAGGUCGAAGGCGCCCGGCUCAAAGAGACCCAAAACAUCAACAAGUCCUUGUCGUGUCUGGGCGACGUGAUAGGUGCGCUCGGCCAACAACAGGCAACAGGCGGCGUUGGGGGCUUGAAUCCGAGGGAAAGCGUCAACGGGACAAACGGAUCUGGAGGAGGUGCCGGAGGCCACAUUCCCUAUCGCAACAGCAAGCUCACGUAUCUGUUGCAGUUCAGCCUCGGAGGGAACAGCAAGACGCUGAUGUUUGUGAUGGUCGCGCCGGAAAAGAAGUGCCUGGCGGAAACGAUCACCAGUCUCAAGUUUGCAGACAAAGUGAGCAGGACCAGGAUAGGCGUUGCAAGGAAGACGAGUGGCAGGUGA